UCUUCCGGUGGAGACGUGGCUCUGCUGCCAUAUUGACGCUGCAGCUAGCUCGCAAGCAGCCGUUCCGAGCAGCCCCGGGUCCCCGCUUCACCAUUCCGCCGGGACGAGGAGACCAUCGAGGCGACGAACGCGAGGGACUGAAGACCGCCGGACCGUAACGAGAGACCAAAAUGGUGCUGUUGGCAGCGGCGGUGUGCACCAAGGCCGGCAAGGCCAUCGUAUCGCGGCAGUUUGUGGAGAUGACCCGGACGCGCAUUGAGGGCCUCCUGGCCGCCUUCCCCAAGCUGAUGAACACGGGGAAGCAGCACACCUUCGUGGAAACAGACAGCGUGCGCUACGUGUACCAGCCGCUGGAGAAGCUCUACAUGGUUCUCAUCACCACCAAGAACAGCAACAUCCUGGAGGACCUGGAGACGCUGCGGCUCUUCUCCCGCGUGAUUCCAGAGUACUGCCGUGUGCUGGAGGAGAGUGAGAUCUCCGAGCACUGCUUCGACCUGAUCUUCGCCUUCGACGAGAUCGUGGCGCUGGGCUACAGGGAGAACGUCAACCUGGCCCAGAUCCGCACCUUCACAGAGAUGGACUCCCACGAGGAGAAGGUGUUCCGCGCCGUCAGAGAGACCCAGGAACGAGAAGCCAAAGCAGAGAUGAGGAGGAAGGCCAAGGAGCUGCAGCAGGCCCGGAGGGACGCCGAGCGCUCCGGGAAGAAGGUCCCCGCCUUCGGGGGCUUCGGCAGCGCCGGCAUGACCAGCGUGUCGUCAGGGUCCAUCAUCACAGACACCAUCGUGGAGCCCGAGAAGCCCAAGGUCACACCAGCAGCAGUCAGAGCGAGCGGGCCCAGCAAGGCCCUGAAGCUCGGCGCCAAGGGCAAGGAAGUGGACAACUUCGUGGACAAGCUCAAGUCUGAAGGGGAAACCAUCAUGCCCUCCUCGGGGAAGAGAGGCUCCGACGUCUCCAAAGCCCUGCCCCCGCCCGUCAACGUGGAGAGCGUACACCUCCGCGUGGAGGAGAAGAUCUCGCUGACCUGCGGCCGAGACGGCGGCCUGCAGAACAUGGAGGUCCUGGGCAUGGUGACGCUCCGGGUCACAGACGACAAGAACGGCCGCAUCCGCCUGAUGAUCAACAACAACGACAACAAAGGUUUACAGCUGCAGACGCAUCCCAACGUGGACAAGAAGCUGUUCACGGCCGAGUCGGUGAUCGGCCUGAAGAACCCGGAGAAGUCCUUCCCUCUAAACAACGACGUGGGCGUGCUGAAGUGGAGACUACAGACCACAGACGAGUCGCUCAUACCUCUAACCAUAAACUGCUGGCCUUCAGAGAGCGGCACCGGCUGCGACGUCAACAUUGAGUACGAGCUGCAGGAGGAGAGCCUGGAGCUGAAUGACGUGGUCAUCAGCAUCCCCGUACCGUCCGGCGUCGGCGCCCCCGUGAUCGGCGACCUGGACGGAGAGUACAAACACGACGGCCGGCGGAACGUCCUGGAGUGGUGCCUACCCGUCAUCGACGCCAACAACAAGACGGGCAGCCUGGAGUUCAGCAUCGCCGGCCAGCCCAACGACUUCUUCCCCAUCAACGUGUCCUUUGUGUCCAAACGCAACUACUGCGACAUCCAGGUUACCAAAGUGGCCUACGUCGAUGGCGACAGCGCCGUCAGAUUCUCUUCAGAAACCUCCUUCGUCGUCGACAAAUACGAAAUCCUGUAAUCCCAAGAAAACCACAAAAUCAGAAUAAAUAAUAAUAAAAAAAAAUAUCAAAAACCUACAAAAAAAAAAAAAAUAAUGCAAAAACAGAAAAAAGAGUCCAAAUCUACGCUACAGAGAGAGAUUUCUGAUUUGCUGGCU